AUGACGUCUGAGACUUUUCCUUAUUUGGAAGACAACCGACAGGAUGAACAGAGGACUAGGCUGAAUUGUCUUACAGGCGCGCAGAACGUGGACCUGCUCCAGUACCAGGAGACCACAGAGAACCCUCUGAAAUACAGGAAAUAUGGGUCUCGCCUGGGUGGGGUCAAAGUCCGCCACAAGCGACAGGUGCUGCAGGACAUGGCCCGCCCGCUGAAACACUGGCUGUACAAACACAGGGACAACCCGUACCCCACCAAGACCGAGAAGGUGCUGUUGGCGCUGGGCUCCCACAUGACGCUGGUACAGGUGUCCAACUGGUUCGCGAAUGCCAGACGGAGGCUGAAGAACACGGUGAGGCAGCCGGACUUGAGCUGGGCCUUACGGAUCAAACUGUACAACAAGUACAUCCAGGGGAACGCGGAGCGACUGAGCGUGUGCAGCGACGACGCCGACUCAGAUGACAAUGACUGUCCCUUCCAAACACCUAUCUGCUCAUCAGAUAUGGGGAAAAAAACGGGCGGCGUACUUACCAUGGCCACCGGCGACGACAGCGCCUCUCCUCCGCCCAAGUACAAGAGCAGCCUGCUGAACCGGUACUUGAACGACACCCUGAGACACAUGAUGGCGGGCCAGGCCGACGGCGUGGCGCUGAUGAGGAGGAACCACUCGGAGUCGUUCAGUUCCAACGAGUGCGAUCGCGACGUCGUGUCGCCGGCGUCCUCCUAUGAGACGGAGACCAACUUCAUCUACCGCAUGGAGACUUUGGACUACACAUCCUGCAGAAGUGACAGCGGUCAGCACCAGGAACGAGGUCAGCAGAGUCCAAAGAAGCAAGACUGGCGAGAGAUCAACGCCGCCGUGGCCCUGACCAGCUUGGCCCAGGGGCAGAGCUGCAGGGCGGACAUCAAGACGCCGCCGGGCGCUGCAGCGGGGCUGAGCUGCAGCGUCUCCAGGACGACCGGCGUCGGCCACAGGACGCCCGCCGCCGCCCCGGGACGGAGCUCCACGCUCACCAGCCGCAUCAUCCAAAGGUCGUCUCACAUCUCCGAGGUGCAGACUAUCAAGGUGGCGUGUGGGAAUCAAACCUGA